GCGCGGGCGGGGGCGGGGCGGGGCGGCGCGCCGGGAGCCCGGAGCCCGGCCCUGCGCUCGGCUCGGCUCGCCUCGCGGCGGGCGCCCUCGUCGCCAGCGGCGCACCAUGGACGGGCUGCCCGGUCGGGCGCUGGGGGCCGCCUGCCUCUUGCUGCUGGCGGCCGGCUGGUUGGGGCCCGAGGCCUGGGGCUCGCCCACGCCCCCGCCUUCGCCCGCCGCGCCGCCGCCGCCCCCGCCGCCCGGAGCCCCCGGCGGCUCGCAGGACACCUGCACGUCGUGCGGCGGCUUCCGGCGGCCAGAGGAGCUGGGCCGGGUGGACGGCGACUUCCUGGAGGCGGUGAAGCGACACAUCUUGAGCCGCCUGCAGAUGCGGGGCCGACCCAACAUCACGCACGCCGUGCCCAAGGCCGCCAUGGUCACGGCCCUGCGCAAGCUGCACGCGGGCAAGGUGCGCGAAGACGGCCGCGUGGAGAUCCCGCACCUCGACGGCCACGCCAGCCCGGGAGCCGACGGCCAGGAGCGUGUCUCUGAGAUCAUCAGCUUCGCCGAGACAGAUGGUCUUGCCUCCUCCCGGGUCCGCCUGUACUUCUUCAUCUCCAACGAAGGCAACCAGAACCUGUUUGUGGUGCAGGCCAGCCUGUGGCUUUACCUGAAGCUCCUGCCCUACGUCCUGGAGAAGGGCAGUCGGAGGAAGGUGCGGGUCAAGGUGUACUUCCAGGAGCAGGGUCACGGCGAGCGGUGGAACGUGGUGGAGAAGAAGGUGGACCUCAAGCGCAGCGGCUGGCACACCUUCCCGCUCACCGAGGCCAUCCAGUCGUUGUUCGAGCGGGGCGAGCGCCGGCUCAACCUGGACGUGCAGUGUGACGGCUGCCAGGAGCUGGCCGUGGUGCCGGUGUUCGUGGACCCCGGUGAGGAGUCGCACCGGCCCUUUGUGGUGGUGCAGGCGCGGCUGGGUGACAGCAGGCACCGCAUCCGCAAGCGGGGCCUGGAGUGCGAUGGCCGGACCAACCUCUGUUGCAGGCAACAGUUCUUCAUCGACUUCCGCCUCAUCGGCUGGAACGACUGGAUCAUCGCGCCCACCGGCUACUACGGGAACUACUGUGAGGGCAGCUGCCCGGCCUACCUGGCAGGGGUCCCCGGCUCCGCCUCCUCCUUCCACACGGCCGUGGUGAACCAGUACCGCAUGCGGGGCCUGAACCCCGGCACGGUGAACUCCUGCUGUAUCCCCACCAAGCUGAGCACCAUGUCCAUGCUCUACUUCGACGACGAGUACAACAUCGUCAAGCGGGACGUGCCCAACAUGAUUGUGGAGGAGUGUGGCUGCGCCUGACCGCGGCGGGGCUGCGGCGGCGGGGCGCGAGGGCAGUCCCAGAGGGUCUCCUGCCAGCCCCUGUGGGAACCGGGGGCCCAGCCGGCUGAGCGCGGUCCUUCUGGUCCUUCCGUUGGGCUGCCCGGGAGGUGCCGGGGCGAGGCCUGAAAUAUUUUUCUACUACUUCAUCGAGCAAUCAGUCAAAGCCAGAGCAAGAACCCUCAACUGACAUGAAAUACUUUCAGAUGCACACGUAGACACGCACAGCCAGACGCAUCCUGCCACCCACACAGCAGCCUCCAGGAUACCAGCAAAUGGAUGCGGUGACAAAUGGCAGCUUAGCUACAAAUGCCUGUCAGUCGGAGAGAAUGGGGUGAACAGCCACCGUUCCCACCAGCUGGCCCGGCCACUCUGAAUCGCGCCUUCCGAGCACACAUAAAAGCACAAAGACAGAGACGCAGAGAGAGAGAGAGAGAGAGAGAGAGAGAGAGAACGAGAGAGAGCGCACGGGAGCCACAGACAGGAAAAGCAGAUGCGGGGGUGGGGAGCGUGCGGACAGGCGGGAGGGCUGCAUGGCCCCCUUUGCUUGUGUGCAAAGCCUGCCAUACCUCAGCAUCUCCUGGCUCAGACGUGUUGGCUUCCUUCCCUGCCUGGGAUCCUUCAUGCUGCAGGACCAGGGGGGCCUGUCUUUUCCCACCCUUGUGGAGAGAAAGAGGCCCAGAAAGGACACAACCUGCCAGAGACCGUGGAGCAGUGGCAAUGACCGUUUGACUGUUGCUUGGGUCCCUGGCGUGACUUCUGUGUGUGUUUGUUUUGGGGUAGGGAGGGAGGGAGAGGAGGAGGGUCUUAAUUUGAUGCUUUAACUGAUCACUAGCAGUUGACAGGUCAUUCAUUCCAGUUGUAUAAUUGAAAAGGGAUUAUUUUUUUUUUUUUAACCAGGUAUGACCUUUUAAGUUAAAAUUUGAAUCGUUUUACACGGGAAGAAAACUAAAAGUUGCAAUCUGUGCCCUUCACUGGGGAUGUUCCUCUAGGACUUAUUGGGGAGGGGUGGAAAUGACCCCCGAGGCAGGGGAAUGAGCCCCGAGGAGGAAAUGGUGCAGUGGAGGCAUUCUGGAAAUGCUGGUGUUGGGGGGUGGGGGGUGCCUCCUCCCCCAGCGGGGUUGUGGGAGGGGAGCAGUUUAGCCGGUCUUGGAGAGAUGGGGAAGGCUUUCAGCUGCUUUACAGAAGUUGCCCGUGUGGGUCCCGGCCACCAGGGCCGGCCAUGGACGUGGCCCCAGCCUGCUCGCCUGCCCGCCUGCCCCUCCUAGCACUUGCCGACUUGCCUGAACGCACACGAUAUAGCACUUGCCCAUCUGCGUGUGUCCAGAAGUGGCCCUUGGCAUAUCACUGAACUCGCUCACCCCCAGAUGUCCAAGUGCCACGUGAACUAUGCAAUUUAAAGGGUUGACCCACACUAGACGAAACUGGACUCGUACGACUCUUUUUAUAUUUUUUAUACUUGAAAUGAAAUCCUUUGCUUCUUUUUUAAGCGAAUGAUUGCUUUUAAUGUUUGCACUGAUUUAGUUGCAUGAUUAGUCAGAAACUGCCAUUUGAAAAAAGAAGUUAUUUUUAUAGCAGCAAAAAAAAAAAAAUACAGUUAAAUGUAUUAUACAUAAUUUUGGAACCAAAGAGGCCAACAGAUCAGUUUUAAUUUUUAUUAGAUGGUGAGGCCAUCUUCUGUGAGGUAGACGUUCUGAACAAUCCCGUGAGUGGCCUGCCAACGUUUCAGGGUAUAAAUGGAUUUUGUUUAUUCAGUUUGAUGUGUCUUUUCUACCUUUACACACCCAGAAGGUACAGUAAAAAUGACUAUGGUAGAAUGCAGGUGUGCGUCCUUAAUUCCCCACCUUUAUGUUUAUUUAAUAAAGCUCCCCUUAGGUUCUGUUUCAUAAUAAUUUAAAACCAAACAAUUUUCCCAUAGACUUGCUGUUAAAGUAUUUUACAUCUGUGUACAGUUUAAGAAAAUAAAAGAUCGAGUGCCACAGGC